AGAUCCCCUCACAGUCAUCCUCCACCCACCCCACCCACCGCCUCCGCCUCUCUCUCUUUCGUUUGUUCGUCUCGGCUUCCGGUCGCCGAUUCUUCUCUGCGCAAAAGAUUCCUGGUGGUGGUGCCCGUACCUUGCUCCACGCCUCGCUCGCGUCGCGUGCAUGGGGCUGGACGUCGGCGGCAUCGGGAUGGGCCUGGAUCUGGGUCUGGACCUCGGGCUGUUCGCCGCGCGGAGCGCCGGAGGGAUGGCGGCCGCGGCCAAGGGUGCGCCGGCGGAGAUCGAGUCCUGCAUCAGGAGCCUCGAGGAGGAGCGCCGGAAGAUCGAGGUGUUCAGGCGCGAGCUCCCGCUCUGCGUGCGUCUCCUCGCCGAUGUGAUCGACGAAUUGAAGGAUGAGGCCGCCAAGAGAGGCGGAGACGCGGAGGCCAAGGCCGACGACGGCGAUAAGCGGAAAUGGAUGAGCACCGCUCAGCUGUGGCUCGACAGCGACGCCAAAUCCGACGAGUCUGACAAAGAGCAACUGAGUGAAAUCACUUCGCCGGAGCCCAAGUUGCUCGGUGGCGCACCCAUGCCCAUAAGGGCCGUUGCGGCGGUGCCACCCCUGCCGCCUCCAUUCUUCAGGAGAGAAGACAGCUCUGCCGGCAGUGGUCUGUCGCUGGUACCACCCGCAGCUAAGCCGCCGAUUCCUCCCAUGUCUGCCAGCGACAACGCGAGCGGCAGAUUCUGUGCCACUAUGCCACCGUCUGGCUCUGGGGCCAACUUGCACUCUCAGGCUCAGCAGCAAGCCAGGAAGGCGAGGCGGUGCUGGUCGCCGGAGCUUCACCGGCUGUUUGUUGCCGCCUUGCAUCAACUCGGCGGCCCUCAAGUUGCUACUCCGAAGCAGAUCAGGGAGGUGAUGAAGGUGGACGGGCUUACAAACGAUGAAGUGAAAAGCCAUCUCCAGAAGUACCGGCUGCACAACAGAAGAUCCCCCGGCGUCGUGGCUCCGGUGAGCCAGUCGGUCAUGCUGGCGGGCGGCCUCUGGGCUCCUCCUCAUCAGGAGCAAAGCAGCUCGCAGUCCGGGUCUCCCCAGGGCCCGCUUCAGUUCUCUGGAUCCGGUGUAGCGGCCACCGUCGGCGGCGAUAGCAGCAGCAGCGACGAGGACGACAAGUCCGAAGGCUACAGCCGGAAAUACGUGUAAAGGCCGCGUUCGACGGAUGAGAGUGUAGAGAUAGCGUCGCGGCUUCUGCUUGCCCGUCUGUGGCAAUAACAGAUUCAUCAGUCUUGAGAGAGGUUGUAGUGCGUGCGCCCAAGAGCUCAACUGAUCAUGGGUUGGAUUGUUUGUUUGUCAUGUACGUACAUGGAAAGCUGAUGGCUUCCUGACUUUUAAUUUCUGGGCAGGUCCCAAAAUUUUCG